GCAAAAUCAUACCCACCUCAUCAUGGAGAUAAUGUUAAGUAAGCCCGUACUGUUAUACAUAUAAGUACCUACCGACAUGUGUCCGUAAGUACCUGUACCUGUAUCUAUACCUACGUAGGUAAGUAUACGUCUUGAAUUACCUAAUCAUUAAGUACGAUUCGAUGAGCUCUACUUUGAGUAGAUAAUUAGGUAUUCACAAGUAAAACCAUCUCACACUUUGAAAUUUACCUGUAUAUAAAGUGAAGUGAUCAAGUUACACGUUUAUUCAUGUACCUAAUCAUUUUGAAUCCACGAACCUAUACUUAAUACGUUAUAAAAUUUAAGCAAAUUCUUCUCAAUUUUAACUGCACUCAUUCGUAGGUACUGGAAAUUUCAUCCACCAUGAGUCAAAAAUUUAUUCGUUUCGCGAAAGUGAUCACCGUCGAACCAGCCUAUUUUCUGUACUGGUUAGUUUAUGGUACGUAAUAUCAGAUGCCACCUACACCAAUCUACUACUGCAGAAAAAAUGUCGCCUCAGCACAUUCUCAGAACCAGAUUUGAACACACCUUGUGACGAUGAAAAACAAGGCGUUAUUUUCGCCACUGAAAUGAAUUCUUUCUAUCGUUUCUUGAUGAUGAUUUUAGCUGUAAUUUUUUCCAUAUUUAUGGCAUCCUGGAGUGACGAAGCUGGAAGACGUAGAAGACCUCUUAUUUUCCUACCAAUAAUCGGGUUAAUUUUUCGAUCAUUGUUUGGCUGCUUGAAUUCUUAUUUUUGGUCAUGGACUCCUUCGAUUGCCGUGUUAUUAAAUAGCGUACCUGAAGUGGUGACUGGAGGAAUUAUGAUGAUGACAUUAGCAACUCAAAUAUAUAUCGGAGAUGUAUCUUCGGCGGAAAAUUGCACAAUGAGGAUGGGAAUUAUUUUAGCUGCUGUAACGCUCGCUGAUUUGUUUGGAUGUGGUAGCAGUGGAUUCAUUCUUCAUCGUAUCGGAUUCUUUUACACGUAUUUACUAUGUUUCAUUUUAUCGGUUAUUUCACUAACGUUGGCUUGGAUUUUCGUCAAAGAUAUCUCAGUGCCGGUUGAUCGAAAAUCGAAUAUUGUAAAAUAUUUUAAUGUGACAAAGAUCACGGAUAGUUUCAAAGUUGUUUUUAGUAGGACGUUGGGAAAGAAAAGAAUUGUCGUGUUGAUAUUGAUUAUAAAUUAUACCUUGAUACUUUUCACCAUUCACGGUAAUAUUACGAGUGAGAAAAGGGUACCUAUUUUAUACUUAUUUCUCAGGCACAAAUUCCACUCUAAUGAACGCGAAUACAGUUUAUAUGUGUUUUAUCGGUAUACAGGAGUUAUUAUAGGAAAAACAAAAGAUAUGACUACUUAG